AUGUUUCAAAAUCCAUCUGCAGCUACCUGGGCAUAUCAUGGUGCUCCUGUGAACCCCGCAGUGGUGGAGGCAUUUCAUCGGACCCUACCUGACUACGCCGUCACUCCUCUGACUACUCUCCCAGACUUAGCUCAGGAACUCGGUCUCGGACACGUACUAUUGAAAGAUGAAUCACUGCGUCUGGGCCUACCAGCAUUCAAGAUUCUUGGUGCAUCAUGGGCAAUCCACAACGCCAUAUCUACCAGGUGUGGCAUUCCAUCAUCAGCUUCACUGGAUGAGCUGGGAGACGCUUCACGGAAAGCAGGCAUAGAAUUGGUGACAUGUACCGAAGGCAACUGGGGCAGAGCGGUUGCAAGAAUGGCAAAGUACCUGCAGAUCAAGGCCGUCAUCUUUGUGCCUGACUUCAUGGAUGAGGCCACGCAGAAGAAAAUCGAGAGUGAGGGGGCAAAAGUUAUUGUCGUGGAUGGUGACUAUGAUUACUCUGUUGCAAAGGCAAAGGAAGAAGCGGACAAGGGGGGCAUGUUAAUUAUGGAUGUGGCUUGGGAAGGCUAUGAAGAAAUCCCAGAGUGGGUCGUCGAGGGUUACAUGACUAUGCUCACAGAAACCGAUAGGCAAUUGGAGGAUUUGGACCUGUCAGGUGCGACGCACGUAUUUGCUGCUGUCGGAGUGGGAUCGUGGGCGCAGGCGGUUACGAUGCAUUACAAAGCCCAGACUCGCCCUGCUACUGUCAUUACGGUUGAACCAGACGUCGCAGCGAGUCUCCAAACUAGUCUCAAAGCCGGUGAGAUCACGCCCAUUUCUACCAGCCACACAAUCAUGAACGGCAUGAACUGCGGAACAACAUCAAAGACGGCAUGGCAAAUUCUGAAACAUGGUGUCGAUGCAAGUGUCACGGUGUCCGAUGUUGAUGUGCAUCAUGAUGUGCAAUACCUGCACAGUCGGGGUGUGAAGAAUGGUCCGUGUGGGGCAGCCACAAUGACUGCACUCAAGAAAGCAUGCAGUAUGCAAAGAGCCGGACUGGGUUUGGAUGAAAAUUCUGUAGUCGUCCUAUUCAGCACAGAAGGCGCAAGAGAUUACACCAUCCCAAGAGGAGCUUGA